AUGAGUGAGUCUCGUAGUUCGAAUAGAUCUCUACCCACAUGUCGAGCAGUCGGCGCGACCUGCGUCCCCUCAGACCGGCUGGUAGUCAAACCGGUGAAUACCGAGUGUCAGUGUGACUUGCUACGCACGCAGCUGGAGGCCCUCCAGAAUCAAUACCAGUCUCUGCUUGGGCAGUACGAACAGUUACAAGUGCAGUUACAAAGGGCCGAAGAAGCUCUCCAGCAAUCCACGAGUAUUGCAGCUGUAUCUAUCUUACCCCCUACCAAAGGCAACGUUUCCGAUCUCGUGCUUCGCGUCCCUGGGCAGGAAAGCCAGCGACUGGACCCAGACCUUUCUUACCAUGGGCGUAUCAUUCAGCCGACGUUUUCUCCACGAUCCUAUGUCAAAGGUACAAAUCACAGUGCGCUCAGCAGUGCGUGGGACCUGUGGGGGGAUGAUCUUCCACCCUUGGACGAGACCUCUCGGGCUUCCCCAGUCAUGCCGCAGUUCGACAACGAGGCGUAUUUGAACCUUGCAAACACCUUUUUCGACUACAGAUGGCCAUACUUACCGGUACUGCAUAAGCCUACAUUCCUACGUGAACAUUUAACUCCUUUUCUCUCUCAUUCAAUCUCGAGCGCUAUAUCCAACUUCCUGGUCAAUUUAGUCUGUGCUAUUGCCGCGACGGAGAAACCAUGGAGCCAACAGGGGAACGGUCAGAUUCAUAGACUGUUUUUUCGGCGCGCUAUCCAAGAUCUGCAUGUGGUCAUUGAGACUGAUGAUUUUGAGUGCGUGCAAUGUUUACUAUUGCUUUGUCUCUAUGGGCACAACGAGCCCCAAUCCAUCAACAUAUGGUAUACCACAGGUCUGGCUCUUAAAUUAGCCCUUGGCAUGGAUCUUCACCGCAAAGAGAGUCUCGAUAGUCAGAGCAUUAUGCGCGCAGAAAUGUCUAAACGAGUGUUCUGGGCUGCCUUCGUGAUGGACUGUAACAUGGCGAUUAACAUGGGUCGACCGCUAGGAAUUCGCGAAUCUGACAUAACAAUGCCGCCGCCCCUGCCACUACUAGAUGAUCAGUUGGAUAAUCCGCCUACCAUCCCUGACUUCGCGGUAGCCCAGAUGCCAGGUAUAUCCGCAUUCAUACACACGGUCAAGUUGCGGAAAAUCAACGCGGCUGUUUACGAGACGUUUCAUUCGAUCGGACGACCAUUACUGGACCCUACUGACUUGCAUGACAAGAGAAAAUGGUACUUCUCCGAACUGAAUCAAUGGCUGAUAGAUUCGCCCCGAUUCCUCCAAACAGCAUCAACAUAUCAAUCUCCAGAAUGGUUCUUGAUCGCAUUCCACCACGGCAUAUUAUCGCUGCACAGACCCUCACGGGCAGCACCGAUCCCGUCGCCUGACGAUUUACGAAUCUGUAUGGAGUCCUCAAUCGGGCUGAUCAGCUCAUAUAGCGCCUUAUAUGCCCGGAAUCGGAUUAAAUACACCUUCGUGUCCGUUCAUUCCCUAUUUCUAGCCGCAGUGACGAUGCUCUACGUACUGCGGGCUUCGCCCCCUCUUCGCCACGAACUGACGCGUCCCGUGGUGCAAACCAACAUCCUGACCUUCCUCACUAUCUUUCGCGGUAUCUCGAACGGCCGCGCCGUUGGAGAGAAAUGCGCCAAUAUUAUUGAACACCUGGGGGACUCCAUCCUGACCUUGUUUAACGACAACCGUGAACCGGGACUCGAGGUCGAUACGGCUUUCCAGUCGUGGUUUGGGCUGCGCACACAUAGUUUCCCUACAGUAAUGCAGGCUUCAUCUCUAGAGGAUGAAAACACACCGGCCCAGUUCCCUGAUAAUAGAGUCGACCCUGCGUGGGCUGAUUUGUUUCUGGAAGGAAUUGAUAUCGGAUGUACUGAUAUUUCAAGCUUUCCUUUCUGA